ACUUUUGGCGAUCUUCGAAUAGCUCCCAGAUGUACUAUAUUCGUACGCAGCUUCACUCCUUUACCAAUUGCCAUUAUAUCCGUCCAUUCCAUCCGCCCAUCCAUCCUUCAACCAACUGAUCAAUUCAUUCUCUAAUCUCCUUAUCCUUCUUCUCUUCCCAUCACAACUCUCAGGGUUUCGAUCGCUACAAAUGAUGGCUGACAGCAUGUUUAAGUUCAACGUCUGCACCGAGCCUGGCCUCGUUUUACAACGGAAUGACACUUCGACUCGGGUACAAGUUCUGCGUCGAGCAUAUAAACGAGUUGGCGAUAAAGGAGAGGCUCGAGACCGACAGUAUGACUAGCAACACAUUGUUCAUCUUCUAUAAAGUUGCAAGAACGUCUAGUAACGAGAUAGAGCAACUGGCUGCAUGGACGUCCACGAGGGAGCACUUUAGCACUUUUGCCAAUGCCCCGACGGAGGUAGCCCGCACCAGUCCGAUCUUGAGAAAAUUCUCGCCGCCUGCAAUCUAUACCUUGGCUUCCCGAAUCAUAGCCUCGCUGAGCUCCCCCAACUUCUUUUCCGCCGCAACCAUUUCUUCUGGUACAGUAGUGCCCUUUGAUAUCCCUCUACCGCACCUUCGAUAGAAGCAUUAUAUUAGCCAGCGACGAACAGCGUGACAACUGCCGUACAAGCUGUGUGGGUCGCAUUAGCUAGGUGU